UGGGCGAACGCCGCUGCAAGGGGAGGGCAGGCGGCGGCGGGAGCUGCCACGGGAGCUGGACCCGGCGCACGGGAUGGUGCCUUGAGCCGCAGACCCGGACCCGGACCUGGACCCGGACCCGCAGAAGGCUCUCGGACGCCCUUCGCUGCAUGCCAGCCCGGCCAGGAAAGGGAGUGGACUCCGCACACCCAGCGCUUGCUGCCGAGCCUCUUCUGCGCAGGAACGCACGCUCCUGCCUCGACCAAGGCUUCCAGAACCUCUGAGGCCGGAGGCCCCCAGCUCUACCUCAUGCGUGGGGGACCCUGCUAGCCAUGGCCCUCCUCCUAGGCUUCCUGCUGCUGCUGGAGUUGUGCUCGGAUACCUCCGCCCUGGGGCCGCUGUCAUCCACAAAGGGUUCUGAUGUUUUGGAAUUUGAAUUGCCUGCCACGAACUAUGAGACCAAGCACUCUUACAAAGCUGGGCCCAUUGGCGUUCUCUUUAAAAUGGUGCACGUCUUCCUCCGCGUGGUGCAGCCCAAUGCUUUCCCCGAAGAUAUUUUAAGAAAAAUUCUACAAAAGAAGUUUGACUUCUCAACUGAGUAUGAGAAGCCAGAAAAUGUAGUCUUGACUCUGAAGAUUAUCUACUAUGAAAUCGGGAUUAUUAUUUGUGCUGUCCUGGGACUGCUCUUUGUCUUUCUGAUGCCUCUGGUGGGGUUUUGCUUUGGUCUGUGUCGUUACUGUAACAAGUGUGGUGGAGAAAUGCAUCAGCGACAGAAGAAAAACGGGACCUUCCUGAGGAAAUACUUUACGGUCUCCCUCCUGGUGAUUUGUAUAUUCAUAAGCGUGGGCAUCAUCUAUGGCUUUGUGGCAAACCACCACCUGAGGACCCAGAUCGAAAAGACUCGGGAGUUGGCAGACAGCAACUUCAAAGACUUGAGAACCCUCCUGAAUGGAACGCCAGAGCAAAUCAACUAUGUACUGAGCCAGUAUGCAACCACGAAGAAAAAGGCAUUCUCGGAUCUGGAUAAUAUUAAGUCAUUGCUAGGAGGCGGAAUUCACGAACAGCUAAGACCUAAAGUGAUGCCCGUGCUUGAUGACAUCAACGCCAUGGCAGAAGCAAUCAAAGAGACCAAAGAAGCCUUGUUGAACGUGAACAACACCUUAAAGGAGCUGAAGAAGUCAACCACACAGCUUAACACCAGCCUCAGUGACGUGAAAAUGAACGUGGAGCAAUCACUCAGUGACCCCAUGUGCUCUGUCCCACCAGUGGCCACCACUUGCAACAGCAUACAGAUGUCUCUCAGCCAGCUGGAUGACAAUACCAACUUGGAUCAGCUCCCAUCUUUGGAUCAGCAAAUUGAUAAUAUUAAUGACGUUCUUCAAACAGAUUUGUCCAGCCUGGUCCAACAGGGCUAUAAAUCCUUUAAUGAUAUUCCCGAGAUGGUGCAAAAUCAAACCACAGACAUCAUAUCAGAUAUCAAAAGUACCUUGAAUUCCCUUGGUUCAGAUAUUGAAAAUAUAGGCGAGCAGAUUCCGAUUCAGGAUAAGCUGUCCAAUUUCAUGGGUUACAUUAAUGACACUGAAACUUACGUCCACCAAAAUUUACCCACAUUGGAGGAGUAUGAUUCAUUCAGGUGGCUGGGUGGCCUGGUUGUCUGCUCUUUGCUGACACUCAUGGUGGUUUUUUAUUACCUGGGCUUGAUGUGUGGCAUGUGCGGCUAUAACCGGAAUGCCUCCCCGACCCGACGAGGCUGCGUCUCGAACACCGGGGGCAUCUUCCUCAUGGCCGGGGUUGGUGUCAGUUUCCUCUUCUGCUGGGUACUGAUGGCCAUCGUGGUUCUCACGUUUGUCAUCGGUGGAAACAUGGAAAAACUGGUCUGCGAGCCUUACAAAAACAGGAAGUUAUUCCAGAGUACUAUCUACCAAAGCAUCAAGGAACUUCAACACAAAAGCAGCAGACUGGGGGUGAAAGUGGUCAAUAUCCUUUCCUCUCUGGAUUCUGCUCAGGACUUCCUCAAAACCCGCAUCUCCUCAGUUAUUGUUGAAGAAAGUAAGAAGUAUGGGAACACGAUAGUAGGAUACUUUGAACGCUAUCUGCAGUGGGUCAAGUUCUCAAUUACUGAGCAAAUUGCAGCCUGUAAACCCGUGGCCACCGCUUUGGACUCUGCUGUGGACGUCUUUCUGUGUAGCUACGUUAUCGACCCCCUGAAUUUGUUUUGGUUUGGCAUAGGGAAAGCGACCAUAUUUUUACUCCCAGCCAUCAUUUUCGCUGUGAAGCUGGCCAAGUACUAUCGUCGAAUGGACUCAGAGGACGUGUACGAUGAUAUGGAAAAUGGUAAUAUUGGUUUUCAUAGACAUCAUUCUACUCAGACUGUAUGAAUAAAGUUUUUGGACAGAUCCAACAGCACAGCACCUCCAAAUACUGGAAAAGAAACACUUCCCUCCUGGAGUUUACAGAGUUCAGUGAUUUUUAUAUUCAACAUGCACUGACGCGCCAAAGAGUGAAAAGGCGUGUACACCUAUUUUUUUUUUAAUCUCUAGAAGUUUUGCUUUAAUCAUCUGAGCCUUUGAUGAAAGUUUCAAUAUGUAAUACAUUCACCGAAUUUCCAGUUUAGCUUUGGGAACAAGACAUGAAUUGUGUCCCAUUUCCUUGCUUGGGAACUUAGACUUGUAGUUAGAGAACGCUCAGCAAAUCGCAGAUGUGCGUGUGUGUGAACAAUAAAAGAAU